AUGCCUUCAGACUGCAGACCGGCGACGACGAGGAUGGACCUGGCGAUAGAUUCUUCAGGCUCUCCUCCUGGCAUCGCGGCCUUGUUCCUCAUCCGCUUCGACGUCAGAGCCGGAUAUACGAUCGCCUGGAAGAAGACAGCCUCAGACAUCGUCCUUGAGAAUGCGGUCGAAUUCAAGUCGCUACCGUCCGGCCUACACAACGUGAAAGAAGAUCUCGUAUACUUUGUCCACGAACGAUAUGCCGGGCUCAGCGCCUUCGUCAACGAGCCCGCGGGGGAGGCAGAGCGGAAUGCGAUCAUGCUCUCCGUCGGCGUCCUCGCGCCUCUCAGCCACGGCAGGCUGGGGAGAAGCUGGAAACACGCUGCCGGACUGAAGGACCUGGCUCUGCAGCUCGCAGCGGACCCGGACAACACCCAGCCCUUGACGGAAUACUGGGACAAGUUUCAAUUGAGAGACGACGAGGCCAGCUCGCCGCCAGAUUCUCCCCUGGACUCGAUGUCGCACUCGAAAACCGGGCCUGCGCCCAUUGCUUCCACCAAACGUCGGCAGCGUGCUCUCAGUGACGCAACCGCUCUCAUCUCGAAUCACACAUUGCCGUCAUACCACCCGGCUUUGACACUGCCAGACUUUCUAGACACGUUUGGACCGCUGAUAUUCCCGUUAUAUCGAGCGGCUAUCCUGCGGAAGCGGAUAGUCUUCCUUGGUGAUGCGCCCGUCGAGAUGUCAUGUAAUUUUAUAUAUAACAUAUCCUUAUUAUCCUCGCUUCCUCACAACCUGCUAUCUUUCCUACCUUCCGCCAAAGACAUCCCCAGCCUUCGACCUCGACCUUUAUUCAACGUCGGCAUCCACGACAUGGCAUACCUGUCCACACUAUCCAAUUCAGCCGAUCCAUGCUGGAUAGCAUGUUCAAGUGAUCGCGUUCUUGGACUCAGACCGGAGCUCUACGAUGUCCUCAUAACUCUCCCUCCAAACUAUUCAAGGCAGGCUCCUGAAAAAGCAUAUCCGAAAAUGUCGCUCUCCCCACGGACUGCUGCAGGCCAGCAAAGGGACCCCAAAGCAAAGUCAACCCCCAUCAAAGCAACACAGCGAGAUAGCCGUCGAUUCGUAACCUUACGGGACGGACUGAAGGAGUUCGCAAGGCUAGGCGAGAUAUCUGUCCCUGACCGAGAAGACUCAGAUAACACGUCUACCUUCUCGUCAAACUCCCUGGUCGAGCCUGUUUCCUGGCCGCUGUUGGCGUAUACUUCAUUCAUAUGGUGGGCGUCUGCCGGUGAAAAGGGUGCAGGCCUCUCAGACGAAGAAGCCGAACAGGACGCAGCCCUUCUCCAGGUAGCACAUGAUGACAGCGAGGCGGUAGAUGACCCUUCAAACACACCAUACCGACGAGAAUCCAUGGCCGUGCCAGAUGCAAAUAACAUGUCCCAGGAAAUCGCCAUCAUCACUUACUUCCGACGACUCACGACCCAGAUAUUCACCAUCUUAUUUGACAUCGUCAGUCGCGCGGACGAAGAGCUUAAUGACUCGCCCGAGUUCAGCCAGAGUGAAUCAUCCUUUACCCGUCGCUAUCGUGACAAUGAGGGCGAGGAGGAAGUAGAAGGCGACGAGGAGGAACUUAAUUCCUCCACCCUCGUUGGCGAGCAUGAUGACGACCAACCGCUCCUUCGCACGCCGGACGACGACGACAUCAUCACCAUAACUUCUUCUGAUAUUACCAAUAUGGGACUUGACGCGUGGAGCCAUGCGGAUAAAAUGUUUAUUGUAGAACUGGUGAAUGUCUGGUGGGGGAGAAAGGCACAGGUCGAGGGUUCUCACAUUCAAUGCUGCGGGGUGCGGAUUAUAUAG